UUCAGGGAAGUGGUCUGAGCCGGAUCAGCAGUGGUUCUGUCCUCUGGCAUUCUUGUUUGUGAAGAUGGAAAACUUACUAUCUCUGGAGUCAAGCUUAGUGGACUUCAGAUAACUGAAACCUUGUCUCUUAAGUUUCCUCGGCCAGAACGUCCCCCAAGAUGGCAGAGGAGAGCAGCAGUGCCAGGGACUGCGUUUCCUUCAGCGUGCUCAACUGGGAUCAGGUUAGCCGGCUGCACGAGGUCCUGACCGAGGUCGUACCCAUCCACGGACGAGGCAACUUUCCAACCUUGGAGAUAACUCUGAAGGACAUCGUCCAGACCGUCCGCAGCCGGCUGGAGGAGGCAGGCAUCAAAGUGCAGGAUGUCCGGCUGAAUGGCUCUGCAGCUGGCCACGUUUUGGUCAAAGACAACGGCCUGGGUUGCAAAGACCUGGACCUGAUCUUUCACGUGGCUCUUCCAACAGAAGCAGAAUUUCAGCUGGUCAGAGAUGUGGUUCUGUGUUCCCUUCUGAACUUCCUGCCAGACGGCGUGAACAAGCUCAAAAUCAGUCCAGUGACUCUGAAGGAGGCGUACGUGCAGAAGCUGGUGAAGGUCUGCACGGACACUGACCGCUGGAGCCUGAUUUCCCUCUCCAACAAGAACGGGAGGAACGUGGAGCUGAAGUUUGUCGACUCCAUCCGGCGUCAGUUUGAGUUUAGUGUGGACUCUUUCCAAAUCAUCCUGGAUUCUUUGCUUUUUUUCUAUGACUGCUCCAGUAACCCCAUCUCUGAGCACUUCCACCCCACAGUGAUCGGGGAGAGCAUGUACGGGGACUUUGAGGAAGCCUUUGAUCACCUGCAGAACAGACUGAUCGCCACCAAGAACCCCGAAGAAAUCAGAGGCGGGGGACUUCUCAAGUACAGCAACCUUCUCGUGCGGGACUUCAGGCCCACGGACCAGGAAGAAAUCAAAACUCUAGAGCGAUACAUGUGCUCCAGGUUUUUCAUCGACUUCCCGGACAUCCUUGAACAGCAAAGGAAGUUGGAGACCUACCUGCAAAACCACUUUGCUGAAGAAGAGAGAAGCAAAUACGACUACCUCAUGAUCCUUCGCAGGGUAGUGAACGAGAGCACCGUGUGCCUCAUGGGACACGAACGCAGGCAGACCCUGAACCUCAUCUCCCUCCUGGCCUUGCGCGUGCUAGCAGAACAAAACAUCAUCCCCAACGCCACCAACGUCACCUGUUACUACCAGCCAGCUCCUUAUGUCAGUGAUGGCAACUUCAACAACUACUACGUUGCCCAUCCUCCAGUUACCUACAGCCAGCCUUACCCUACCUGGCUGCCCUGUAACUAACCUUGAGACCUGAGGGUUUCCACGGUGGGAGCCCCAGUACAGCCAGGGCUCUCAGGUAGGGGAGCCUCCUUCUAGAUGUAGGUGUUUGGCUUUUAAAGCGGAACUCAGCUCUGAUUUUGGUUUUUUUUUCUUUGUGUACCCAUUGGAAUGGGUCUACCGUAACCAUGAGCCAACCCUAAAAGGACCCAUAGUAAGUGCCACUUUGGAAAAUGCUGUAGGAAGUGUGAACUAUCUACAUCUUUCCAAGACAGACACGAAUGUGUCACAUCCCAAGCAUUAGCACGUGGGGGUUUGAGCCCUGCAAUAACAGAUUGGGAGAGCUUGGGCAGCAUAUGAGAAGUGUUAAGCUACUUUUCUUCUCACUUGCUCCUAGAGUAGGCUGUGUUGGUCCUCGCUUGGGAUUCUCAGCAGUUUCAUGGAAGUUGUGCUGAUAAUCUCUUUUCUUGUAUCAAUUUUAGUCAGGCAGAAAAUGGAAAACAUGAGGGUGCUCUUGUGACCUAAUUUUUGUUCAAGGGACUAAAUUGCUUAUGUUUAUUCCCUGUCAGCAGAGCUGAGAAUUUCUUUCAUCAAUAAACCAAAGCCAAUAGCUGGAGAAUUGAGAUCUGGUUGGAAGUGGUUUAUGGUUUAGAUGCUGUGUUAUCUUGAGGAAUUAUGAGAUAUUGCUGAGAAAAAAAAAUAACCUUUUCUUGAAAUGUAACUUGAAAACAAAAUAAAAUGUGGAACAUAAUGUUAAAGUAGAAUUGUGGUGGUGGUGGUGGGAGGGGUGAUUGUAAAUAGGAAACAUUGAAUGUUCAUUCUUUUUUUCUUUAAGGAAUUCUUAUUGAAUGACACCUUUUUUUCCCUCCUUCAUCAGCUCUUUCGGGGCUGACUUUCGUUUUGCUCUUCCUAAGACAGGAUUGUGCUGGGUCUAGAGUCAUUAUGGGAACUGACAUGAGGGUCUUCCCGUGUUUUAAUUGGAAACCCAUUUUGGUCACAUUCCAAGUGUGACAAGCUGUUUUUCUGGAGUACUUUGGCUAUUUUUGGUUUUUUGUUAUUUCUGUUUUUGUAUUUUCAAAAAUAGUAAUUUCCUUCUCCAGGUGUUUUUGACAGCAGAUGAAUUCAGGAAUUUCAAUAGAACCGAGUGACCUGUGGAAUUGCUUUAGAAUAUAAUGUGCUGUCUAUGUGCUGUGCGUGCAGGUAUGAGGUUCGUGUUCAGCCUGGCCUGGUAUGCGUCGGAGCUACCAAGGCACUUUGAAGUCAUUCCAGUGUAUUUGGAAAGAAUUGAGUGAAUGAGAAUGAUUCUGGUACAUUUGACCAUACUUGUUUAUAUUCUGCACUUUAGAAGGAAAACAGUGUUAAUCUCUAGUCAAAAGCAAACUUAGUAAAUGGAAGACUUCUAGCUACUGUUGCUUUUCUCAGUAGAUUUAGAUAACAGAUUUUGUGUUUUGAAACUUUUUGUGGGAUCUCUUAGGAAGCAUCACUUUAGGGGGUAUCAAGGGCAAAGACAGUCAAUAUUGCCAGCCAUCUUGGUUUCUGAAGUGAAUUGAUGAAAUCCGUGCUCCUGAUUUUUAUUUUCUCCUGUGCCCAUAAAAAUCCAAAGCCCUAAGUGAUUGCUUUCUCCUCGCUUUAAGCAAUGAAGUUAUCUUAAUGCAGAAAUGCUUGGGAGAAAAUGAGUGGUUUACCUUUUUCUAAAAAUAUUUUCAGAUGAUGUUUUGGUCCCCUUAAAAGCAGCUCAGAUGUGACUAAAAUGCGAGGUAUUCGUGUUGUGCUACCUGAGGUGACUGGAAGCCACUUCUUAAUGUAACUAGCUGCUGUUGCCCUGUGAGCCUUAGGUGUAUUUGAAUUCAUUGGCUUUGAGUCAAGGCUGGUUCUGCUUGAGGGAACCCAGGGUGCUUCAGUGUUAAAAAGGGGCAAUGAAGAGCGAAUCCCAGUGAAGAGUGAUCCCAACUUUGAAAACUAUCUGGUUAUCCAUGACCUUAAAAGCUGCCAUUGUGGUCAAAUGGCAACAUAUUUGCACAAAAAUGACACAUUUGUUUAACCAAAGCUUUGAAAUGUGAUAAAGCCACCAACAUAGGCACUUGCUAACACAAAUCAGUAUUGCUUCUACUUAGAAGGCUUGGGGACCAGUAAUGAGGUACCGGAUGAAGAUAGGAUCUGCAUCAAGUAAUUAAAUUUCCAGUUUGUCCUUGGAGUUCUUUCUGCCUGUAUUUUUUUCCUACCUGGUAAUAGUUCUCCUAUGAGGAUGAAGGGAGGUACAGAAGUUGUGAGAAAUUCCCAGCCCCUAGUCUUUACCAUUGUACGAUGGCCAUCUUGGUGGGGUAUCUUCACCUGACUUCUUUAGUCAGCCCAGCUCUUUUUGUCAUUUGAGAAUAGACACAUGUUCUAAAACUAUCAGGGUAAAAAGUUACACUGACCAAAGUUGCACUUUUACAACACAACCCCCAGACUAAUGGUGUCUCCACCUCUAGGUGCCUUUUCCCAGCCUCAGAAUAAGCUGGGUAACCUUGAAUUUCAGGUGUCUGGAAAUUCUAGCUGAAACCUGCCUUUCAUACUACUCAUACAAGCAUCAGGUACCCUGGACUUGUACUUAGUCCAGUGGUUCUGAUUUUUUGUGUGUUGAGUAACAUGAAACUUGGCAGUGGUAGAGGGCACUGAAGUUCAAGUGCAAGUUCUAAUCUAAAUUUAAGCAGUCUCUCAUUUGUUUCAUGACUUUGAACUGUUUUCUGAUGCUUUCUGCAAGUAGGAAGCCUGUUCUCCCAGCCUGCUUCUUGGAGUCCAUUUGAGCAGCAGUGAGGUGAAAAUACUACCUCUUCCCCUUGUGUUGGCAGAAGAGCAUACACUAGAUUCUGGGCCUUGAGCUUCAGUCUGACCUUUCAAUCUUACCUUGGCAGUAAGACAUUAUUCCUCAGUAACUUCAGUGCUGAAACUAAACUCUAUAUCCCUAACACCUUCAAAUCAGAGUUCCUGAUAACCACAUGUAGUAUGUGACGUGGCCCAUACCAGGGAGACCUGGCAGGUGGGGUGAGUUGGGCAGGGAAGAUGAUGCUUAGCUCCUGGUAUAUGGGACAGAUGAGGUUUGGUGUUCACGUUUGUUUUCCAGUUUGGCCUCCACUAGAGAUUGAGCCACAGAGUGCUGUGUGUGAACCUGUGUUUUGUGGCAGUGCAUUAAAUUGCUAAAGCCCUGAAUCUGCUUAUCCUUCAGCCUCACUUCACGCACUAACCCCUUACCUUUGUGGUUGGUUAGGAUUUUAACUAGUUCUGCUUUGUUAACUUUGGGAAAUGGUGCCACUCAAAAGCAACUUCCUAACUUUAGGAAUCACUCCUUUCUAGUUAAAUUUCUGGUACUGGUGCCUUGUAUUAGAAUGCAGCUUCCUUCUUAGCUCAAAUGUCCUCUUCCAGAGAGUGGAUUAAAGUAUCGUUAUCCAGUGGUGAGAAGAGAACUUGAUGCUCACCGGGGCCAUUAACUCCUGGGUAUCUGACUGGGGCUCUGCACUAGGGAGAACCCUUUUGGUGGAUUCUUUAAGUCGGAAGAACUUCCAGUUUCCAAGGUUGGAUUCACAUCCUUAAUCUGGCAGAGACCAGAAUUUCACAGCUGACUUUGGAACAUAUUCCAGUUCAACCAGUAAAUUCAGAGGACCAAGGGAGAUGUGUAGAGGAGAAUUUUAAAAGAUUUGGCAACUUUUCAGGAUUACUUUUGGAGACCUCUAAGGAUCGGGAAAGAAAAGGCUUUUUUUUUUCUUUUUUGUGAGUUCAAGUGCCUAAAUCUUGUUUACCUAUCACUUUUUAAAAAAAAAAAUAGUUGAAGUGUAAGCUAAAGAAAAUGCAUGGAGUUUUGCCUGGGCUAGUGAGAGCUGGUACAAAUUCUCGUGUGUGUUUGCAUAGGAAGGUGAGAUGACCAUCCACUAAAGAGGAAGUAAUUGAAUAAUAUGGAUUGGAAGGUAUUCUUUAAAAAUCAAGCUAUCUGGCCUUUUUCUUAUGGAUAAAAACUUAAUUUUCUUAAAACAGCAAUUUAUUUCCAAAUUAAUGUAGAUGAAAAGUAAGAUACCCAUUAGACUAAAUUCGAAGCUUUUCUGUUCUAUAUUUGCAUAGCCUUUGAAAUAUUUUUUAGCAGUGCCUAGGAUGUGUGGGGUUUCCUCUUUGGUGUAAUGGUCACUAACCUUCUUACUUGAUGCAGAGAUAAAAUCACUUGUCAAUGCAAAAUGUGUUAGAACUUGAUAAAUUAAAGCUUUGAGUUUGAGAAAUAAAGGUAUAUUUAAAACUAAAA